GUUGAAUUGUAUUAAAUUAAAGUUAAAUUGUCAAAGGCGCAAAUUAAAUUGAAUUAAAUUAAAUUAAAUCGUUAUUAAAUAAUAUUAAAAUUGAAUUAAAUUGAAUUAAAUUUCUAAACGACAGACUGGGGUAAUAUUGUAUCAGAAUCUAUUCGGUUGUUAAAUUAUUAAGUAUUUAAUUAUUAAAAUAGUUUGAAAUAAUUUAGAGUGAUGGUCAAAAAGUAAUUACGCGCGAGAGAGUAUGCACUUGUAAUGAUUGAUGACAGCUUGAUUGAAGUUAGGAGAAUAUUAUAAAAUAAAUUAAUUAAAUUGAAUUACUCACCAAGGGAUCUUCGGGGAUAUAAGAAUUAUUGAGGCUGGAUCCCCAAAUAGUUUAACAAUUUUUUAUUUCUUUAUAUUACAGUUCUUUCGAUCGUCGACAAGAUGGCGGAUUCUUUCAAGAUGGUGGAGUCGGAGCACAAUGAUUGAAUAAGUGAUACUCUUAAGGAGCGUGAUGUUAGUAAACUUUAAAAUCUCAGCGCGCAAUGCUGAUCCGCCGCGGCGCUCGCUUUUAUAGGGUGUGUUCCGAUGAAGCUCCGUCAGUUUUUGGUAGUUAGGUUGGUACUGCUUAACUGACGGAACUACCGGAAAAUUGUUCCGCAUCAGCCCGUUUAGUGAAAUCUCGAAUAUUCCGAAUAACCUAAUCUAACCUAAAACUAGCCUCAUUUACUCGUUGAUCAGUUCUUUUUGUAUUUAUUAAUAUUUAUAAUUUUAUAAAAAUUCUUACUAUGGAAAAGAAUAUAGAACAAUUGAUUCUUCAGGAUGAAAGUGGUAAGAUAUAUGAAAUAAACGUUUCUCCAAAAACUGCUGAGAAGGCAAGAAAAGAUAUAAGAUUUGCUACGCAGCUAUUUAAUGAACAUAAAAAGUCAGUGGCAAAUCAGUCUUUGAAUACAUUAAGUACUACUUUUGUUAAUGAUUUAUCAAGUAUGCAAUCUUCUGAAAGUGAAGAAUUGACUUCUCUUCAACUUUAUGAUGAACAGACAAAAAAGAAUUAUAAUUUAUUGGUGUCCGAGAGUAUUCGAAAUCAAGCACAAAAUGAUACGGCAUUGGCCACGAAAUUGUUAGAGCAGCACAAGUCUACUCUAAAGCAAGACAAUUUAUUAACUCAUAAUUAUAAAUCUGGAAAUGUAAAAUUAAUUAAUAAUUUAAUGGAUUCUUCAGUCAAUGAGUCACAUAAUUCCAGUGAUGACAUUGAUGAAAGUGAUGAAGAAAACAACUUUCAUUCAACGAAAAGUAAAAAACCUAUCCGCUGUAAGUGGUCUGAAAAACAAACUUUACUAUUGUUAAGUUCGUACAAACAAUUCGAUGAAUUACUUAUUACUGGAAAUAUAACACAUAAGAAGUUCUGGAGUAACAUUUGUAAAAGAAUGUUACUAGCGGGUUAUACCUUUACAGUCCAGCAAUGCAUAAAUAAAAUGGAUUCGCUAAAAAAGAAAUAUAAAUAUGUCAUUGACCAUAAUGCCCAGAGUGGUAACGACAGAAAAACAUGUGAACAUUAUGAAUUAUUGGAUGAGUUAUUUCAUAACAAAGCGUGGGUAUCUCCAUUGUCUGUGGCAGGAUCAAAUAUUCCAUUAGGUCAAAUACAAGAUAAAGAAAAUAAUGAUAAACAUAAUUGUAAACGACAAAAGCUUCAAGUGGAAGAAAUGAAAUUAGAAUAUUUAAAACAAGCAAUGGAAGAUAAACGUUUACGUAGAGAAGCAACAGAGCAAUACCGACAGCAGAAACUUAAAGCUAUCAAUAAAUUAGUACAAUUAUUAGAAUCAAAAAAAGAUACAAAUAAUUAGUUUAAGAUGGUUAAGGUUAAGGUUAUACAAAUUAAAAUUAACAAAAUAAUUAGUUAUUUUAAAUGUUUUUUUAAAGACUGAAUUUUUUUUUAAAGUACAGUAUUAUUAAAUAUAAAAAAGCUUAUUGUAUCGCAUAUUACUUCAAAGUGACUAUUUUAUUAAUUUGUGAUCUUAGGUAGUCACUUCAAAGUGACUAUUUUACUAAUUUGUGAUUUUAGGUUGUACGAAAAAAAACUUUAUUAUUAUGCAAUUAAAGUAAGCGUUUUUGUUACUUUAUACGACAAAUAGCGUAUAAAGUUGUGAUUACAAUAUAUUUUUGUUUCCGUUUUAUGUAAAAUACAAUAUAAUAUUCUUUAAUUUGUUUAAAGUAAGGUUUAAUGUUUUUUUCAUUAACAAUUUAUUAUAAAGUUUUCUAUAAUA